CGCGCGAAUACCUGGCCGGGCAGCAAGAGAGAUCGACGUUGCUCCAUUCUUCCCUCCAGGGGGGACACCAAGCGUUUUGGUGGGGAAGCGAAAUCUCGGCCCAUGCUUCUUGGUAGGGCUCGCGGCUGUUUGUUUCUAUUCAGGGAUGUUUCAAUGCGGCUCGCCACACGUUCGCCCGCAAGAGCCCCAAUCCCUCAAUAGGACCAUGUGUAGUAUUGUAGCCGCCUCCUCCCCAUUGAUAAGGCGGCCCCUUCCCGUGCUUUUGUUGCCCGCUCUAUUUCCUCUAUUCUAGCCCCAUUAAAGCCAUCAACAAUAAUAAGACGAUCCCUUUGUUCCUUUGAAUCAUUUCCUUUGUUCCAGUCUACCCCACUCAUAGACGACGUAAAGAAACGUGCUUCUUUCGAGCCUGGCGCCACCACGAACUGCUACAUAUAUUUCUUUCUCUCUUCAUUAUCCCUCGACCUCUUUCAUUCCGCCCUCUCCAAGCCAACAUCCGCUCUUCAUAUUCAUCAAAGCUACCGCCGGCGGUUUAGUCAACCUUUUCGCAAAUCGUUACUCCCUUCCCGGGCCAGGGACACCAGCAGUGACCCGUCGACUCCACCCCCGAUACCAGAGCGAUCAUCAUUGCGCCAGCCGAGACCUUCUCGCUUCAUCGAGCACUUUGACGACGAGCCUGGCUCCCCGGUACCGGAGUGCCCAACACGCCCUGCUCCCAAACUCCCCAAGAAGACCCCCAAGAAGUCUCACCGACGCUGUGUCGCGUGGUUCCAACCCACCUCUCGAGCGCGCUCAGCUGCCGCUCGACCGGAGACCCAGAAGGCAAGAAGACCUGAGCCUGCUCCCGGACUCCCCGAGGAGACACACAAGAAAUCUCGCCGAAGCCGUGUUGCGUGGUUUCAGCCGACCUUGCCAGCAAUCCAGGAGACCAGCCCGUCUGAGCCAAGCACACCUGAGCCAACCACACUUGUGCCAAGUCCCACUAAGACGAGCCAGACGGUUCAAUCUCUACAGUCAUUUCCACCUCUGCCGCCAUCAGGCUCGGGGGGACUUAGCAAAAAGCCACCUUCAAAACCAAGUGCUCAUCUGCCAGGUCCAGUCAACAUGGCUGCCAGUAGGAAGGCCAUCCAGGGGCACGGCGUGAUCAUCCUGAACAUCUUCAGGGGUCUUAACAUCUGCUCACUGAUCCUCAUGGCCGCUGCUCACUGGAUCAUGAUCGUCACGUCGGGCAUGUCGGGCCGCUUUCAUUUCUUCGAUUUUGCGACGCAUCUGUUCGUUUUCGCCUUGACAAUCCUUCUCUUCAUGACGGAGCUGGGCCUGCCGGCGAACUUUAUCGACCAGCGGUGGCCCGCCUUUGGCGAGAGCGCCGGCUUCCUCGUCCUCGGCGGCCUCCAGAUCGCCAUGGGCUGCCUGACGCUUGCCGACAUGGAGAAGCCGGCCUACUACCUCGACAACAUCGGCAUGCCGCUCUGGCGCACCGUCCUGGCCGCGGGCAUCCUCAGCAUCAUCUUUGGGUUCAUCAACAUCGCGGCCACCUUCUUCUUCGAGGACCGCAACGCCCACAUCUCGGCGCGCAUGGUCCGCGACAACGGCCUCCUGGCCAAGGGCAACGACGAGAACAUGUACGCGGCGCCGUCGCACCACGGCAGCUCCAUCAACAGCUACAGCGUGCGCAACGAGAAGGGCUCGUCGCCCCGCGGCCAGCAGCCGAGCGGCUGGGCCAAGAGGCUGACGCAAGUCUUCGUAAAGAAGCCGAGCGGCGGCGGCGGCGGGUACGACGCGCAGCCGCACCCGGCCCCGCGCGGCGGCGGCUUCGACAAGGAGGAGGACGUCGGCUUCAGGCCGGCCGCGGCCAGCACCGUCCACCCGCUCUACCGCAGCACCGACUUCGACGACGGCCUUGGCGGCGGCGGCGGCCACCAGCGCGGCGACUCGGGCAACGACCACCGCUACACCCGGUACAGCACAGCGUCCCGCCUCAGCCAGUUCUCCGAGCCCCCGCCCCUGCCAUCCAACGCCACCAUGCCUUCGGGGCCCUACGACAACCUGCCGGGCGGUCGGAUCUGAGUAGCUGCAGGCUAAAAUCAUGUACUUGUUACUCACUCCCCUCACGUCGACUCGGAAAGAGUCACGUGGCACCUAGGGUGCCGCACAUUUUCUUUGGCGCUAGCCUAUAAACUUUCGCCUAUCUUUUCUCGUUUCCUGGUCUUGUCCCGGCGUUCAGGAACGGCGUUUUCUUAUAUCUUCUGUCAUGGGGCUUUUCUAUGGGGCUUUUCUAACCGUCCGGAAGGAGCUUGCACAAAAAAUACCCCGAGGGAUUUCUCGUCCCAUCAUUGGCAUCAGUUUUUCCCGAUGGAAUCUUUUUGCUCACUGGGUAUUGUCGUUUCAGGCUAGACAUAUACCACCAGUCUUUGGCAGAGACAUAGUUUUUUUGUUUUGUCAAUGGAAUUAAUGAUGAAAUGAAGCUACGCGCACCCUUAUACCUUG